AUGCCUGCAAAACUCAUUGACAUGGCAGUUUCAAACAAUAUUCUUAUUGUCGCACUUGAGUCGUCUCGCUUGUUAAGAGUUGAUUUGGAUAAUCCACUUGAAGUAGAAGAAAUUGAAAUUACACGUAAACAAAGUGAUGGGAAAAUAGCCAAGAUAUUCUUCGAUCCAACAGGAAGACACCUUAUUAUCACAACCGAUCAUGGAGAAAACUAUUACUUCUAUGAAAAGUGGCGUAGGACAAAACCAUUGCCUAAGUUUAAGGGUGUCACCAUCACGUCGAUUGCAUGGAACAAACAAGCAACCCUAACAGACCCUUCGACCCGAGAGAUACUGAUUGGAACCAAAAACGGAUUGAUCUACGAGACAUGCAUAGAGCCAACAGACGAAUACUUUAAAAAGGAAGAAAAGUACUUUAAGCAAGUCUAUUCGAUCCAUGAAUCGACGAUGCCCAUCACCGGUCUCUAUUUUGAACAGUUUCCAGUGAACAAUAGAAAAUACUUUGUGAUGGCAACGACGUCUACCAGAAUAUAUCAGUUUAUUGGGUUUGUCGGCCCCAAUACGAAUCGUGGAGAACGCGCUAUAUUUGAAAACCUGUUUGCAAAGUACGAUGUCAAUCCCGGGUUUCAGGAAUUGCCUGGUGAUCUACCGCAUAGUGAGCUUCAUUUUUUCAGUCGAUAUCAUGAAUUGCAGCAACAAGGAAUCGCAGAGACAUUUGCUUGGUUGACAGGACCAGGUAUCUAUCAUGGGUCCCUCGUGUUUGGAUCACAAAACAAAGGUGAUAGCGUCAUAGAUGAUGUACAGUUGCUUCAGUAUCCAGCUACACCCUCUGAUGAUGACUUUAGGAAGCCUGUUAUCGACAUUCCAAUCUCGGUGGCAUUGACCGAAUUCCAUUUUAUAUUACUCUACAAGGAUCGAGUUAGAGCCAUUUGUCAGUUGAACGAUCAGAUCGUGUAUGAGGAGAUGAUACCUGUUGCACACGGAGAGCGUGUUGUGGGUAUGACAGUCGAUGAUAUUAAAAAGACCUUUUGGAUCUAUACGACACUGGCCAUGUACGAACUCACUAUCAAUAACGAAGAAAGAGACGUGUGGAAACUAUACUUGGAGAAAAAGAAAUACAAUUCUGCCCUGCGAUACUGUAAAGACCCAGCACAAAAAGAUAAAGUAUUUACGGCUCAAGCGAGGGAUUAUUUUGGGCAGAGGCGAUACAAGAUGAGUGCUGAGACAUUUGCAAAUAGCACGGUGCCCUUUGAAGAAGUCGCUCUCAUGUUUGUUGAAAAAGAUGAAGUGGAUGCUUUACGAGUAUACCUGAUGAACAAGCUAACCAGGCUACGUAAAAGUGACCAAACACAAAAGACAAUGAUUGCUACAUGGCUAGUCGAUCUCUAUUUGUCUAAAUUGAAUGAUCUUGAAGACUUUGCCUCAUCAGCUCAUUGUGCACCACCAUCCAAUGAUACGAGCAACCCUGAACCGAGUGCAGAAUACUUUCUUGAUCAGUUAGAAGAGAUACGGGACGAAUUUAAAAACUUUUUAGAGAUGUAUAAUGGAUACCUACACAGACCCACUACGUACCACUUGAUGGCCAGUCAAAACCGUACGAAUGAAUACUUGUUUUUCGCAUCUCUUAUUGGCGACUAUGAAAAAGUCAUCAGUUAUUGGAUUACUGAAAAGAACUGGACAAAGGCCUUGGAGGUCUUGAGUAAGGAGGCUGAUCCAGAUGUGUUUUAUAAAUUUUCACCAGUCUUGAUGGAAAACGAGCCAUAUGAAACUGUGAAUGUGUGGAUGCGACAAAACAAUCUGAAUCCAAGGCAACUGAUACCAGCCUUGUUAAGAUAUGAUCAUAAGAAAGUAUCUGAAAAAUAUGCACAGAAUCAAGCAACUCGAUAUUUAUCGCAUGUUGUUACUACUUUGAAUAACACUGAUCCAGCCAUUCAUAACUUCUUGCUCACUCUUUAUGCUACCCAAAAGACAUCAGAUGAGACAGCCUUAUUAGCCUUUUUGAAAAAUGAGGGAUUUGAAAUGCAUUAUGACUUGGAUUAUGCGUUAAGACUAUGUACACAAAAUGGUAGGACUCAAAGCUGUGUACAUAUUUAUAGUCAAAUGGGUUUAUAUGAAGAAGCUGUCAACUUGGCUCUCAAGAACAAUGACCUGGAGCUUGCACGAAUUAAUGCCGAUAAGCCGGAUGAUGACGAGAUGUUGCGUAAAAAGCUCUGGUUAAACAUUGCUAAGCAUGUUAUUCAAGAGAACAAAGAUACAAAAGGAGCUCUUGAAUUUUUAAAGCAAAGCAACUUGUUAAAGAUUGAAGACAUCCUUCCUUUCUUUCCUGAUUUUGUGCUAAUUGAUGAUUUCAAGCAAGAAAUAUGUGAAGCGUUAGAAAAAUACAAUGACACGAUCGAUGAUAUCAAGGCAGAAAUGGAAGAGGCGACUAAAACAGGCGAUAGUAUUCGUUUGGAUAUCCGAGAGCUUAGAAGCAGAUUUGCCCUUGUUAAUCCAGUAGAAAGGUGUUAUCUCUGCAAUUCUCCUUUAUUCAAUCGUGAGUUCUACAUAUUUCCCUGCCAGCACGGUUUUCACGCUGACUGUCUAACAGACAAGAUGUAUAAAAUUCUACCUGCGAGACAUAUCAAGCGUUUGAAAGCAAUUCAAGACUACAUGGCUAAAGAAACCAAUCCGGUCAGUCAAUCACCCGUGGGUCCUACAGCAAAAUUGAUGAACACUGCGAAAAACGUGAUAUUCUCGACAGAUGCAGCCAUAGCAGAAAAUAAACAAGAGCAUGACUUGGUUAUGGGCAAAAUUGAUCAAUUGCGUGAAGAAUUGGAUGACGUUGUGGCAAGUGAAUGUAUUUUAUGUGGCGAAACGAUGAUCAAGUCUGUUGAUCAACCCUUUAUUGACGAUGAUGAAUUAGACGUUAUCACAAGCUGGGCCAUUUAG